AUGGUCACCGCCAAUCCGAGUUUGUCUUGGGAGCGCUUAAAUGAUGUGUUUUACAGACUUAGGACUUGUUACAAUUUGACAUGGGGUGAGGAAAUGAAUUUAGCCAAAUACAAUAUAUCCUUAGCACCAUUUUCCACAGCUAUAGCAUUAUAUCUGAAGGACCAUGAGUUAGGUUCUACGAAUGGGAAUAUCUACAAUGCAGUGAGCUUUAAUCAAUCAAAUUUAAAGAAUUUGGAAGUGUUUUCGGGAUCAGGAGAAAAAAUAUACAACAUUGUAUGGGACGAGAGUAAAAAUGGUAAGGUUGUACAGUUUGGCUGGUCCAGCAAAGAAUGUCUCAUUGUUGUUCUGGAAAAUGGGACCAUUAGAAACUAUUAUGAUUUUGAAAAUAAUUUUAAUGAAUUCAGUUUGGGGUUCGAAUCAGAAUCAAUCGGAGUCAGCGAUGUAAAGUUUUACAAUACUGGAUUCGUGGCGAGACUUCGAAAUAAUUCUUUCAUAUUUAUCAACAACCUAGAUAGCCCAUACCCACGAUUAUUGUCGUUUGAUAGCCCAGGAGAUGAAACUGGGAGUUCAAAAGACGCCGAUAUCUCAUGCUGGGAUAUUGUACCUCCAACUAGCAAAUAUAAUAAAAAUAUCGAGAUUCUUGUCGGAUUAGGUGAGAAGUUAUAUAAUCUUGAUGAUGUCUCAUUACGCGACAGUCUGCUCAUUGACGGACCUUACUCGUUUAUUUCCGUAUGCCCUAAUAACCAAUUAGUUGCGUUAUAUUCUACUACAACCAGGAAAGUCUACAUUGUAUCUAGCGAUUUCACAAGAACAUUGAACGCUUUUCAAUUGAGUGAAAAUGAAAAUAUAAAUGACUUAAAAUGGUGCGGGAAUGAUGUUGUGGUGAUUGUUUUGAAUAAUGAUGAGCUCAAAGUUAUUGGACCAGGAGAUGAUUAUUUAAGCUUUUAUUUCAACAGCAAUGUUUAUCUUUUCACAGAGUUUGAUGGCUUACGAAUUUUGAAUAAUGAGCGAUUAGAGUUUUUAAGCAGAAUACCACAGAAUACCGUUGACAUCUUUAAAAUCGGUUCAACUACCCCUUCCUCUAUUUUAUUGGACUCAAUUGACUUGAGAAAUUCCAAUAAUCCAACUGAUAAUAUUACAGCACUUGAGAAUAUUGCAAUUAUCAAAAACUCUUUGAAUGAUGCAAUCAAUAAUUGUAUCGGUGUUGCUACCGAAGAAUUCGAUCAAUAUUGGCAAAAAAAGUUACUUAAAGCAGCAUCUUUUGCUAAAUCACACAAGGAAUUUUAUAAUUCCCAGUAUAUGAUUGAAGUAAUUGAAAACUUGAAGAUAUUGAAUCAAAUAAGGUCAUACAAAAUUGGGAUGUUCUUGACAUACCAAGAGUUUGAAAAAACUGAUUUGAAUAUUCUUUUGAAUAACUUAUUGUUGAAAAGAAAGCACCACUUUCUCAGUAUCAGGAUCUCAGAGUAUCUUAAUUUACCAUUGGAUUUAAUUUACAUUGACUGGUGUUGUUCAAAAAUCAAAAAUUCAAAUGAGUUGAACGACGAUAGUUUAUUGGAGCAAUUAUUGAACAAAUUAACUAAAAUUAAAAAUAUUUCUUACGAAAAGGUUAGUAGGGUAGCAUAUCAAGAAGGCAGGUCUAAUCUAUCAAUAAUGUUGAUAAAUUAUGAGCCAAGCGCUAGUAAAAAAAUCCCAUUGUUGAUUGAAAUGGAAGAGGAUGAGCUAGCGGUUACCAAAGCUGAAGAAACUAUGAACUUCAAGGUAAUUGAAUAUGUGCUAUUUUUCUUACAGAACAAGUUAUCACUAAGUGACUUUUUGAAAAUUAUUAAUAACAAGAGAAUUGCUCUAGCUUAUUGGGAGAUCCUUAUGAAAUCGUUGAAUAACUGGUAUUUCUUGAAGAAUUAUUAUCUUAGUUUUGAUAGAAAGUUAACCAUUGCCAAUUUGAACUUGAUUCUUGGAUUGAUCGGGAAAACCGAGCAAGAUCUAAUUGCUAAUACAAACCUAUCUUCAGUGAAGUUGAAGAAUAUGUCUUCACCGCUUGAUGAUAUUAAACUGAUCAAUAGUUCCAAUAAUGUUGAAUUGACGGAUAUUAUGAUGAAAUUUGCGAAUAAAAAAAAACUGUUGACUAGUACCAUCAAGAUGUACGAAGAACUCAAGACCAGCAACAAAGAUUUUUCAGAUGAUUUGAAAUACUUGAAACAAGAAGUUAAAUUGGUUGAAACCCAAGAGUCAUUGCAAAAAACAUUCACGAAUUUGAAUUUCUUCGGCAAAUCUAUUAUUGAAACAUUGUGCUUGUUAAUUCUUAUCAAUAAUUAUGACAGCUCAUCAACUGAUUCCUCCAUUCCUUCAAGUUCGCUUGUCAACAAAAAGAUCAAGAAGAUAUUAAAAGACUUUAAGGUGAGUGAGAAAAGAUACUAUUUCCUUGUGAUUGAAAAAUUAAGCGAAUUUAAGAAAUGGACUGAGCUAUAUUCAUUUGCGAACUCGGGAAAAUCCCCUAUAGGAUAUGAACCAUUCUAUAAGAUUUGCAUCAAGUACAACGCGAUACGUCAAGCGGGUCUUUAUAUUGACUUGAUUGGUGGGUCAAUUAGAUACACGAAAAGAAUCAAAAUGUAUUUGCGAGUCGGAAACUUUAAGAGUGCCAGUGAAGAAGCAUUUAAAAAUAAGGAUUUAGUACAUUUGAAGGAAAUUUUCAAACUAUAUAAAGCAACAUCACAUCCCAAUGCGGUGGUGACCCAACUGAUCGAAGGCUACAUUAGAAAGCUCAGUUAG